AUGAAGUUCACCGGUCUUCUUUUCUUCGCUCUAGGCACCACCUCUGCUUUCGUGCAACCAUCCCACCCAGUUGUUGGAAAGUACAGCGGUCUUUCUACCAACCUUUUCAUGGGGGAUGUCACACCUAAAACCAUUAAGCAACUUCGCGAUGCUACUGGUGCUGGUAUGAUGGACUGCAAGAAGGCUCUUCUUGAAAGCGAUGGUGAUCAAGAAGCUGCUGCGAAUGAGCUACGCAAGAAGGGUCUUGCCAAGGCGGACAAGAAGGCCAGUCGAAUCGCUGCUGAGGGAAAGAUCGUUGCAUCUUCUGGGCCUGGAAAGGGGGUCAUGAUUGAGGUCAACUGCGAAACCGAUUUCGUUGCAAAGGAUGGAAGUUUCCUUGCAUUCUGCGACAAGGUCGCCGGAGCCGCCGUUGGAAUGUCCGAUGACAGUGUUGAGACCCUUAUGGCUGAGGAAGUUGACGGGGAAUCGCUCGAGACCACCAGACAAGCUAUGGUUGCGAAGAUCGGAGAGAACAUCCAAGUCCGCCGUAUGGCAUCUCGAGGAACUGCUGACUCUACUGUUGGAGCCUACAUUCACAUGAACCGCAUUGGUGUCCUUGUUGAGAUUGAGGGAGGAGAUGAAGCCCUCUGCACUGACAUUGCCAUGCACGUUGCUGCCAUGAACCCUCCUUUCGCCACUGCCGACGAGGUUCCUGCCGAAGUUUUGGAAAAGGAGAAGAAGAUAUUGACAGAACAAGCCCUUGAAUCUGGAAAGCCUGCUGAAAUUGUCGAAAAGAUGGUUGAAGGUCGCAUCCGAAAAUACCUUGAAGAGAUCUGCCUCGUCAGCCAAAACUACGUCAGGGACAGUGGUAUUACUGUUGGAAAGCUUUUGGAAGAUAACGGUGCCAAGAUGAUCGGAUUCACUCGCAUUGCUGUCGGUGAAGGUAUCGAGAAGAAGGAAGACGACUUCGCCGCCGAGGUCGCCAAGAUGGCCGCCGGGUCCGCGUAA